AUGGCAAAAGCUGUUCUAACAAUGCAGGACUCAUUGAGCUGUCCAAUUUGCCUGGACCUGCUAAAGGAUCCCGUAGCGAUUCCCUGUGGACACAGUUACUGUCUGAGCUGUAUUAAGAGCUUUUGGGAUAAAGAAGAUCAUGGUGGCAUGUACAGUUGUCCUCAGUGCAGACAGAUCUUUACUCCAAGGCCUGUCCUUAACAAGAACACCAUCCUGGCAGAACUAGCUGAAGGACUGAGGAAGACGAGAGUCCACAAUGCUCCUCCUGCUGUUUCUAACACUGGACCUGGAGAUGUGGAGUGUGAUAUCUGCAGUGGGACAAAACGCAAAGCUGUUAAAUCCUGUCUGGUCUGUCUGGCCUCGUAUUGUAAGACUCAUAUUCAGACUCACUACGAAUCUGCUGCGCUGAAGAGGCACAAACUGGUCGAGGCCUCCAGUGAUCUUCAGCAGAAGAUCUGCACUAAUCAUGACAAACUACUGGAGAUCUUUUGCCGCACCGAUCAACAGUUCAUUUGUUACUUGUGUGUUAUGGAUGAACACAGCGGUCAUAAGACGGUCUCAGCUGCGGCUGAAAGAACUGAAAGACAGAAACAAAUAUUUGAGACCAUGAGGGAUUACCAACAGAUGAUCCAGCGAAAAGAGAUGGAAUUAUGUGAACUGAAACUGGACAUGGCAUCUCUCUGUCUUUCUGCACAGGCAGCAAUUGAUGAAAAUGAGAGGCUCUUCACUGAGCUGAUUCAGUCCAUUGAGAAAAGUCGUUCUGAGGCAAGUCAGCUGAUCAGAACUCAAGAACAGACUGGAUUGGAUUUGUGUGAGAAACUCCUGAAGAAACUGGAGCAAGAGAUCUCUGAUCUCAGGAAGAGAAACACUGAGCUGGAGCAGCUUUCAAACACAGACGACCACAUCAGUUUCCUUCAGAGCUGUCAGUCUCUCUGUGUGCCUUUGGAAUUCACAGCUUUACCCAGCCCUACAAUCAAACCCAAACUCUUCAGCCAUGAACUGACGACAGCCAUGUCUGGUAUAAAGCACCAAGUGGAAAAGUUUUAUGAGAUAGAACUGAUCAAAUCUGGAGCCAGCACUAUCUGGCUGCCUGAGCCAAAGACCAGAGACGAUUUCCUGAAAUAUUCCUGUCAGCUGACUCUAGAUCCGAACACAGCGCACCAGAAGCUACGUCUGUCUGAUGAGAACAGAAAGGCAACAGUCACUCCACAGAUCCAAAACUAUCCACAUCAUUCAGAGCGCUUUGACAAAGUACAGCAGGUUCUCUGUAAAGAACGUCUGUGUGGACGCCAUUACUGGGAGGUUGAACAGCCCUUCAAGCACAAUUUUACGAUUGCAGUUGCUUAUAAAGACAUCCACAGAAAGGAAGACAGUAACGAGCCUAAAUUUGGGUGUAACGAUCAGUCCUGGAGUCUGAGCUGCUUUAAUUCCAGAUAUUCCUUUAGUCACAAUAACAAUGAGAUCGAUGUCCCUGUAGAGGCCUGCUCCUCUAAGAUUGGCGUGUACCUGGACCACCCAGCAGGAACUCUGUCCUUCUACAGCAUCUCAGACACCAUGAAUCUGAUUCACAAAGUCCAGACCACAUUCACUCAGCCCCUCUAUGCUGGCUUUCAGAUUUAUAUUUAUGACAAUUUUAUUCAGAUAUGUGAUCUUAAUCAAUAGAACCACGAUGGCUGAAAUGUAUUCACCCAUUUGAAACUUGUGUCCGUUUAAACUAAACCUACAUUUUCUUUUCACUUCUUUUUCUUCUUUCCAAACAGUCGACAGAUGAACCAAUCAAAAGAACCAAUGGAUAAAAUGACUGACAAUCAAAGACUGUACUGCUGAUCUUUAACAUUCUGCAUUUGAUAUAAAACUGUAACUGUCGUGAAUGGGACAGUCAUGUUCAGACAAACAAUAUAAAGUAAUGUAACACAUUAAUAACACAUUUUAUUUUUUAGUUCUUUAAUUUGAACAUAUUGUAGGAUCUUAAAGACAAGCACAAUUUCAUAUCUUGAAAUAAAUGUAAUUAUAUAUAAAUAAACAGCUCUGAAU